AUGUGGUCUACAGAUACCAGAGGCAGCGUGCGCGGGGGAGCAUACAGGUGGACGGUUGUUACCAAUCUUUACCGCAUCAAUCUCUAUUUCGUACCGUGCAAAUACUUGGAAAACGGUGCCUGUGUAACCUUGACUGACAUCUACGAGUCCAGAUCGGACGACUCGGGGAACAAGGGUCCGCUCUACCCUUUCGACGAGACCGCUUUGGACAUUUCCGACACUGUCACGGGCUCCUGGUAUCUGGAGUCCAGCCUCUACAUCACGGAGGGCUCGAGGCUUGUGGUGCAGGGGUUGAGCAAGGGCGGGGACUGCGACCACCUCCUGCUGGCCUCGUCUCCGGAGAAGUUCAUCAACGUACGGGCGCACGGCGGCGAGCUCAUGCUCGACGGCACCCACGUGGAGUCGUGGGACUUGGCGGCGGGGACCGUCGACGAGAACAACGAAGACGGCCGAAGCUACCUGAGCGCGAUUAGCGAGGUCAUCACUGACCCAACGGAAACCUGCGACGGCACGGCGAAGAACGAUAUGGGGGAGGCUAGGAUGGACAUCAUCGACUCGGAAGUCAACCGCACAACACAAACAAGUCACUCUGCCCCCCUUACUUCUCGCUUGCCACAAUACAAAACAGACCUAGGGUGGUACGACUCUGAGAGCUACGGCAUCUCCUACAAGGUCCGAGGCUUCUGCACGGACCUCUCCAACCCGGAGCUGUUCGACUCUGUGUCCGUGACCGGAGACAUCCUCGGCUCUGACAUCCACGACAACUACUUCGGCCACUACUCCUAUGGGCACCAGGGGGGCAACUGGAGCCACAACAAGAUGCACCACAACAUCGGCUACGGUUUCGACCCGCACGACGACUCUGACUACCUCACCAUCCACAACAACGAGGUCUACAACAACGGCUGGCACGGAAUCAUCGCCUCGAAGAGGUGCGAUCACGUCAGCAUCCAGAACAAUCACGUGCACGACAACGGCCACAUCAACGAGGCCGGCCAGCGCACGGGCAACGGCAUCAUGCUCCACCGCAGCUCGGACUACGGCACGGUGAAGAACAACGUCAUCCACGACAACAUGGACUCGGGCGUGGCCCUGUACGAGAGCUCGUACUGCGCGGUUUCUGACAACAAGAUCUACGGCAGCAAGAACGGCAUCCGUAUGUCGCUGGGAUCCUCCGACAACCUCUUGUACGAGAACGACAUCAUCAUCAACGGUCCCGAUGCUAAGUACGCCAUCUACCUCUACCAGGGCAACGACAUCCCCGACGUCUCUGACGGCAGGCUGAGGAACAACCACAUCUUCGACAACAGCCUCGUCAGCGACAACCAGGUGGUGAAGAUGCUCAACUCCGACGACACCGCUUUCGAGGGCAACGUGGUCUACGGCAGAGUGUCUCGCUUCAAGAACUCGUUCAACACCCUCUGGAAGAGCAACUUUGUUGAGGACGGCAUCCACGACUACAAGCUCGAGCUCAACUCUUGCUUCGACCCGGAGAGUGACAUCGAGGAGCCCGACACCUACGAGGAUGUGGCGGCCAUGGAGGAGGAAGAGGCAACCACCUACUCGUACUCGUACGAUUUCGACGUCUCCGAGAGCGGCUUCUUCUGUGUAUGA